AUGGAGUUCUGCCCGCGCAAUACUCGCUUCAACUCGACGUAUCCGCCGCCAUUGCCUGGAUCGAGCAUCGUGUUGCGCGAUUACCAGGAGGAAUGCAUUCAGUCGGUACUCAAAUACCUCGAUGAAGGGCACCGACGGCUCGGAAUCUCAUUAGCCACUGGAGCCGGCAAGACGGUCAUCUUCACGCAGCUCAUUAGCCGGGUUCCCUCACGCACUGCGAAAGCGACGAAGACUAUGAUUAUUGUUCAUCGACGCGAGCUUGUCGAACAAGCCGCAAAGCACUGCCGUCUCGCAUACCCAGACCUUUCUGUAGAGAUUGAGAUGGGUCAGAACGUGGCUACAGGGCUUGGAGACAUCAUCAUUGCCUCGGUCCAAACUCUGGCACGAGGGCGCAUUGGGAGGUUUGAUCCAGCGGAAUUCAAGCUCAUACUGGUUGAUGAAGCGCAUCAUAUAGUCGCGCGAUCCUACCGCGAGGCCCUGGGCCACUUUGGCCUGAAUGAGCCCUCCUCCAGUGCGCCAGUCCUGGUAGGCGUCUCAGCGACCUUUUCGCGGUUCGACGGACUGAAACUGGGUGCUGCGAUUGAUCACAUUGUCUACCACAAGGACUAUGUGGAUAUGAUUGGGGAGAAGUGGCUAGCAGAUGCGGUCUUUACUACAGUCAAAUCAGAAGCCAAUCUGUCUCAAGUCAAAAAAGACAAGUUCGGUGACUUUGCUCUUGGGUCGCUUUCUGAAGCGGUCAAUACUGUAAACACAAACAACAUCACAGUACGUGCCUGGAUGGCAAAUGCGGCGGGCCGCAAGUCGACACUGGUAUUCUGCGUGGAUAUCGAGCAUACAAAGCAGCUUACUGCAACAUUUCGCGAGCACGGUGUCGAUGCUCGGUAUAUUACUUCCAAUACACACAAGGAUACUCGUGCUAAGCAAAUCGAGGCCUUCAAAGAACAGGAGUUUCCAGUUCUACUGAACUGUGGCCUCUUCACAGAGGGAACUGAUAUUCCAAAUAUCGACUGCGUUGUCUUGGCUCGGCCAACUAGGUCCAGAAAUCUGCUUAUUCAAAUGAUCGGCCGAGGGUUGCGGCUCUUCUUUGGGAAGAAGGAUUGUCAUAUUAUUGACAUGGUAGCGUCAUUGGCAACGGGAGUUCUGUCGACUCCGACCCUUUUUGGCCUUGAUCCCGACGAAGUCUUGAACAAAUCUACCGUGAAGGAAAUGCGAGAGGAGCGGCAGAAAUCAAGUCAACCAACACCACCACCUUACAAUGAAAACUCCCUGGAUGAAGACGUGCAACUGCAGUUCACGAAAUAUGACAGUAUCUACGACCUCCUAGGCGACACGCGGUACGAGAGGCAUAUCAGGUCCGUGAGCAAGAACUCAUGGGUGCGAGUCGGUGAUGGAAAGUAUAUUCUAUCAGAUACAAAUGGAUGGCUCAGCCUCGAGAAGGAAGCAGAGAUGUUCGUCGUACGUUAUGUCAUGAAAUUCAAAGAUCCAAUCACCGAGAAACCGCAAUUCACCCGACCACGACAAAUUGCCUCUGGGCCGGACCUCGAGACAGCCGUUCGAGCAGGUGAUACAUUUGCCAGCAGCAAAUUCGAGGAACAUUUCAUUGCAUCAUGGAAGCCGUGGCGACAGAGCCCAGCAACAGCUACGCAGAUCCAGAUGCUGAAUAAGUCGCGCAUUAAGACUGGAAAUGUUCCUCCGGAGGGACUGACCCGCGGUCAAGCUGCAGAUAUAAUCACGAAGCUCAAGUUUGGCGGCAAGAAGAGAUACGAUAGGCUGCUGUCGCAACAUCGAAAGAGCCAGCAAAAAAACCAGGAGCUGGCGGAAUUGCGGACAAGGACCGAUGUCAAGGUUGGGCCUCUGGCAGGCUAG